GGGCCGCGCUCGGCUCCUCCCGGCGCGCGGCGCCCGCGCUCGCUCGGCCCUCGGCCGUUUCCGGAGCGUCUGGCGGCCGGCGCGGAGCGCUCGGGGUGGCGGCCGCAGAUGUCGGAGCGCCCGGGCGGCGUCGGCGACGGCCCGGCGGUGGAGCGGAGCCCCGCGGCCCCCGCAGAGAAUGGAGAUUUAGAGAACUCCAAGCUGGCCUCUUCGGGAGCUUCAGCCUCUGAUUCUGAGCCUGGUUUGUCACCCUACAGGCCACAGAUGGUGUCUCCAGAGGGUGAGGAUGCCGCAGAGGAACUGCAGAAAGCAGCCAGUGCCUUGGAGGCUGAGGACUUGGUGGAAGAGGAACUGCUUCCGGCAGACCAGGCUCAGGUCCUCAACCAGAUGGCCCAGUACCACGUAAUACAGAGAGCUGGGGACAUCGUCAUGAUCCAGUCUGAGCACACGGGAGCGAUCGACAUUCUCUCUGCCGACCUGGAAUCUGCAGAUCUUCUGGGCGACCACAGGAAAGUGGCCCCGCCGCUGAUGGCACCUCCAUGCAUCUGGACCUUCGCCAAGCUGAAGGAAUUCAAGAACAAGCUGGGCAGGGAGAAGAACAACCGCCUGGUGGUGAAGCGGGGUGAGGUGGUGACCAUCCGGGUGCCCACCCACCCAGAGGGGAAGCGUGUCUGCUGGGAGUUUGCCACCGAUGACUAUGACAUUGGCUUUGGCGUCUAUUUUGACUGGACUCCCGUGACCAGCACUGACAUAACCGUGCAGGUCAGUGAUUCCAGUGAGGAUGAGGAUGAAGAUGAGGAAGAGGAGGAGGAGAUUGAAGACACCGUCCCGGUUGGCGAUGUGGAGAGAGGCUCCCGGAGCUCCCUGCGGGGCCGCUACGGGGAGGUGAUGCCCGUGUACCGGCGAGACAGCCACCGGAACGUGCAGGCCGGCAGCCACGACUACCCCGGCGAGGGCAUCUACCUGCUCAAGUUCGACAACUCCUACUCCCUGCUGCGCAACAAGACUCUCUACUUCCACGUCUACUACACGAGCUGAGGGCCCCGGCCCGAGCAGGCUGCCGGUUGCUGCCUCUUGCUUUGGAUCAGCGAGAGUUCAGGGGGCGCGCGAGGGGCCUGGCCCUCCGCCCUGCCUGGCAUGCCUGACUGUCGACCCCGUGUAGCUCUUCCCCCUUCUCGGCUUCUGCUGGUGGUUGGUGUGAGUGCCCAUCCCUUGUGGUCCCCGACUCAUGCUCUUCAUGCUUCCGAUAGCAGCAGCAUCUCUCUGUAAAGGAACCCAUCAGGCAAAGGCCUCACGGGAGGCUGGGUGUCGUUGCUUAGAAAUCACGUUUUUUUUUGGCACGAGGUCUGUCGCCCCGAGUGCUGCUUUCCUCUCCUCUCCCAGAGCCUUCCACUGCAGAUGCGUGUAGGUCGCCCCCAUCGCCUUUCACUCUUGGAAAAAGUGCCAGAAGAGGGAAAAGCACAUGGUCCGCGAAGGAACCGUGUUUCCUGGGCAGAGAUCGCGCUGCCCAGCCUCUCACCACUGCCAAGUUCCCACCUGCUGGUUCUUCAUGGUGUCCAGCACGGGCUGGGAGCCCUCACUGCCUUCGAAGGGGUGUGCUUAGCCCUCUUGGUUUGACUCAACCCCUUGCCGGCUCCGGCCCCUCCCCAAUUCUGUGUCUGCCCUUGCGGCAAGAAUUCCAAGCUGUCUCAAGUGGUGAUCAGUGUGUGUUAAGACCAACCCUAGGGAGAAAACUGCCCUUAUCACUCCCCUCCCUUCCUUCCUCCCUUUCUUCCCUCCCUUCCUUCCUCCUUCUCUCUCUCUCUCUCUCUCUCUCUCUCUCUCUCUCUCUCUCUCUCUCUCUCUCUCUCUCUCUCUCUCUCGGUUGGGGGGUCACACCCAGCGGUGCUUGGGGGGCUACUCCUGGCUCUGUGCUUAGGGAUCACUCCCAGCGGUGCUCUGAGGACCACGGUGCCGGGAAUUGAAUCCCAGUUGGCUUACACGCAAGGCAUGCGCCUUAAGCCCUGAACUCUCUCUCUAUCCCCAUUACUUCCUCUUCAAAGAGGCAGUUUCCCUUAGGUAUUGGCUAGAUCUCAGAACCACAUCUUUGAAAGUCAAGUGUCACUAAAAUAUAUUUUGCAGCAUUUAGCAGAGGGGUAUAAUCUGGACGGAAGGUUUAAAAACCAAAUAAGCACUCCAGAGUCUCUACCAUUAGGUUUGUUGUGGGGUGUUUUUAUUUUUUUUUUUUUGGGGGGGGUAGCAUUUGAUUCUGUCUUUAGAGCAGAAGCCUCAUUGAAACGGUUUGCUUUGGAGUCAAUCUCAUUUCCAAAGCUUCUGGAUUUAGGGUUCUCACAUUGAGGGCUACAAGUUUUGGGGGUUCCCAGCCUCAUGGGAAAGGUGAUAACGAAGCAUCACUGUUGCUGCUGAUUAGAUUGUUCUUUCCCAGGCCGGAGUGGCAUUUCCCGUGGCCACAAUGGCCUUUUCGUCUCUGCCCACCUUCAGGCCCAGAGGGGCUGCCUCUGGGCCCAGAGCAGCCGCAGCGGGUCUCAGGCAGGAAGGCACCUCCGCUGCCCUCUCUUCUUUUCCCUCAUUGUGUCCCAUGUGUCUCUGCCGUAGGGUUUUGAGGAGUUACUCGAUUUAUUUAUUACCUUAUUUAUUUUUUUAAGCACGUUUUGUUUAGCCUCGGAAACAGUUUCCCUGUUUCUCCACAGGCUUCAUUCAGUCUGCCCUGAGCCAUUAGGGUCCCCUGUGCCGUGGAGGUCAGGAUGGUCACCCGCAGAGAAAAUGUUCCAUUGCUCUCGCCCCUGCCCCUUUGGGAGGGGCUGCCCCUACUCCAGGCUGCGGUGGGAGGGCACUAGGCGGCCCAGUGCCAUUCACUGGCCAGCCCGGGUACAGUUCCAGGACUUGCUUGGAGUUUUGCUUGGACUCAUUCCUCUCCGGUGUGGGGGCCGGAAGAACAGGGCCCCUCACAGUAGGUCUGGAGCUGCAGCUCGCCUCCAGCCGCCCCCCCCCCCACCCCCAGCCUCAUACUCCUCUUCCCUGGGCGGCAGAGCCCUGUGGAAUAAGCUGCCGUGAGCUGCCGUCUGCCCUCUCUCGUGUCCCUGUGUGUGGCAAGCCAUUUACCCUGGCCCCCUCAGCUCCCUGGGGACAGAUCAGGAGCAUUCGGAGUGGCUGUGGGGGCGGUGGCCAGCAAACAUGGCCGCGUCAUGAUAGCUGCGGGACCACCCUUUGCCCACCAACGUUGAAUCCUGCCUUAGCGAAUUGACUAGAACCUUCAGGAAAUGUUUUCCACCAGGCUCUCCAGCCCGCUGAUGCCUGGUCUCUUUUUCCUGCUUGUUAGUAACUUCUCGCUUUUUCACCUUAAAGUGGAAGCUCUUAGAGCCCCGGUUCUUGGGGACCAUGCUUCUCCCAGCAUCCUCCUAGGGAUUCUCUAGGGAUUGUCGCCAUGAAAUUUGCUGUCCCUGUUUCCUCUGGAUGCCUGGUUCCGUCGCAGUGGGGGAGCCCCUGUGCCUCUCACUGCCUGCUCGUUGUUGAAGCUCUGGACAUUGUUUCUCUGGGCCACCAUUUCCCUCACUGUCAGGGACGCCCCGUCCGUGACUACCAAAGAGCUAAAAGAUCUUUUCACUCUCUAGUCCAUUCACCAUUCUCAUACACAGUUUCUGAACUGAAGUACAGGUGAUGUCUGAGACAGAGUCCAGCAAAAACCCUCAGCGGCAAUUUAUUCCCUUAGUCUAUCCCUGUCCAUGCUGGUAGCACCCACCAUGGAGUGAAAAUCAUGUGCUUUCACCCUCACCCAUGAUCUUGAGAGUACAGAGACAAAAGUAAAGGGACAAAACUCAAAAGAAAGUGUUACAGCGCUGAGGAUGUGACUCAAGUGGUAGAGCAUGUUGGGGGCCUUGAACUUGGUCCCUGCGCUGUGUGUGCCUCUCGCUGAGCCCUUUGUACCCCUCUUUUUUUUUUUUAAAUAAAACAGUAAAAAAAUAAUGGUUUUUGGUAGGAAAAAGACUGGAAAUCUCUGCACAGAGUGGCUGGGUUCUAAAAUGUCUCCAGUUUAUCUUGUUGUGCUACUCGGUUGGGAAAUAGCACUUUUAAGAAAGGAAGAAAUGUUUCAAGUGUCCAUUUCCCCCAGCUUUUUGUUACAGAAAUUUUCCUGCGUAGAGAAGGCUUAAAGAUAUUUACUACAUAUACAGCCACAGGUGUACCCAGUGCACGGAUUUUCGGAUUGCAGACUGCCCAUGUUUAGCCAAAGAUGAUGAAAUGAUUGGCGUGUUCAGUUCCCUUUGUUCCCUGCGGAUACCCAGUCCUCCUUGUUUCAGCAGACUUGCUUGACACAGUACGAAGUACCUGGGUGCAGGACUCCCAAACCCGACCUCAGUCUCUGACUCUCAGAACUCCUGCUCCCUCUCCCGCUUCCCUCCGGCCAGGGACUCCGCUUCAGCGGGCAUAUUUUAUGAGGGAAAUGGUGAGGCUGCUCUGGAAGGACUUGAACCUUACCCCCAUUGCUCUGUGACGUGCCUGGUCCGUGCAAUUCAAACACAGUCCACAGACAGCUUGUAGCUUUAAAAAGGAAUUAGGCUUGAUGUGAAACCGGGCUGUUUUUCAUUAUUCCUUCUCACUGGGUUCGUGCACUUUAUGAAUAUUUCUGAUCUGUUAUUUAGGAAAGAAAAUCCCAGUCCUUUUUUUUUUUUUUAAAGUAUAUAUUGUCUCAUAUGUCUUUGGGAGAGUUCAGUCUGAAAGCUCACUGGAUUCUGUCACUGGAUGAGAUGUUACCGUAAAACUAUUAGUCAUAGAAAGUACCUGAGUCUAUGGGACUUUGGGGGGGGGGGCAUGCCCAGCAAUGCUCAGGGAUUACUCCUGGCUCUACACUCCUGGAAGUGCUUGGGGGACCAUAUAGGAUGCUGGGGACCAAACCCAGAUCGGCCGUGUGCAAGGCAGAUGCCUUACUUGCUGUACUAUCUCUUUGGCCCUGAUGACUCUAUGUUUUUGAUAAGCUCUACCCAGUCUCUUUGAAAGAGUUAGUUUGCAUCCAAACCCUAAAGCCUGUGUUUUUGUAUUUAGUCUUUAAGACCACUUUCCUGCAAAAGAUUGCCUAUUCAUCCUAAAGUGUGCGGUCUUAAGGAAUGCACUUGAGUGAAAUGAAUAUUUACUUAUAUAAGCACUAUUUAUUGUUUUAGGGGUGAGUGAUGUAAGGGUGUGAGUGAAUGAAUCAAUUUUGAGCAGCUUGAGAACUGCCUCGUUGGUAGCAAGUAGUAAAACUGUAGCAAAUUAAAGGGAAGGGGAAAAGGCUAUCAAAUGCAUCCCAGUAUUGUGCUCAUAUCCUCACUGUGGUUGGUUCUUUCAUUUGAAUUUUAUUAGUUGGGAUUGUUCUUUAAUCCAGAAGCCCUCUUGGAGAAAUCCCAAGCCUUCUUUGCUAUCUUUUCCAACAGGAUUAGAAAUAUUUUGGAGUGCUGUAUCAAACUCUGAUUGAGUUCAUCCCGAGUAUCUGGAAUGUCGAAGUAGGUAUCAAGAAAGGUGCUAAGGUUUGAAAAAGGCCAGGAGUUUCAGUUAUGUCACUGUAGUCUUGAUUUUCACUGUGACUAAGAAGGAAUGAAAUAGGUUCUUUCUGACAAGUGAAUGUCUGCCAUGACUCUGUGAUAGAGCGCCCCCUGUAGGCCAACCUCCUGAAGGGUAGUUCACCAUACCCACACCAUAGCCACAGUCAAUGGAAUGGACCUCUAUUGUGUAGCUCUCCUGAAAAACAGAAUCUGCUGGAAAAAAGAGGGGAACCAUCUUUUUAGGAUCUUGGUGCUCAAAAAAAGUUUGAGAAACUGUGUUUCUGUCUGCAGGAAGGUAAUUUCAUUUCUGUGGUUGCCAUGAAGGUUAGCUUGUUAAAGAAUCAUGCUCUACAGAGAUAACCACUGUGUUCUUUGCUUCUGAUUGUGCACAUGGAGCCAUGGUUCUCUGGGGAAUAAGUAGGUAACGAAUUUUUUUAAAACCCAGUAUAAGUCCAGUGCUUUCCGGCAACCCUGUGUCAUCAACCCACUGGUGUCCAUUGGGAUAUCCAGGUGGCCCAAUCCCACAAGUGUGCUACUUUAAUGGGAUACUACAUUACUGUGUAGCUCUGUACUCAGCAUGUGAUUCUGUGGUACUGUGGGUUUUUACUUCAGGUCAAGAAAUAUCUAGAAAACAUCAUCUUAAUUCCUCAAUGUCCUGUGUACAUUUUAUUAUGAAAUUCCAUAUGAAACAUCCCUUCUUGAGAUUAUACUCCCAUAGUGAACACGUCUUUAUUUAAUCAACUUUAAUUAUUUCCAUUUAGCCAUGUUCAAGCUCAAGUAAGGUCUGUCUGGGGCAGACGGUCUUGCAACCCAGACUUUGAAACACCCCCUCUUUUUUUUUUCCUUAAUAAUUGUGUUUUGAUUCCAGAGGGAGCCUGAUUUAAAAUCAGUGAGAUAGAUUAUAAGCAAACAGGCUUUGGGUAAAAUUAUUUUAAAUAGAGGAAGAUGCUUAAAGAUUCCCUACUUAGCCAUUUAACUUAUAUUUUUAAAAGGCUUGCCUUGGUGCAAUGCACUGAGAUCUACCAAUUUAUUAAAAGAUAACCUUGCUUUCUUGGUAAAUAUUUGAACAGUUGGCAACACACAAGCUCUCCUUAUAAUAUUAUACGACACUUGCACUGAGAGAAACACUGGGUCUGGGAGAAAAGUGUCAGAGUUUUGUCGUUAAAACACAAAACGUCCCAACAUUCAUUUACUGCUGUUGAUUUGUUUGACAUGUCCUUGAUAUGAGAAAUGCAGUCAGCCUCUGUGGCGGGUAAGUUGAGAGCUCUGUGCUGAAUCAUUCUUUAAUCCUGAUGUCUUGCUAGGUGGUUUUCCUUUUAAGGCACCAAGUUUACCACCCUGUGGCACUCAAUAUGUUGCUGUGAUACACAAAUGAUCCUGAGCUCCAGCUCUUUUAGUGGCUCAGUUCUUGUGUUUUUAUAUUCUGUAUUUGUGAUGCUUUUGUGCAUUCUUUGUCUUCUCUUCCGAGUUUUGGAAUCUGUCAUAAAUAAACUUUUUCACUAUGCACCUGAAACCUUUGAGUUAUAUGUUAAUAAACCUGCUUUACAUUAA